GCAGCUUCGUCCAUUUCUGUGAAACGAAACUUCAUAGCAAUUCUCAUGGGCAGAUAAUCCAAGAUGAUUCAUGAUUGACUCCGCUUGGUAGCCACUUGGUCAGUCGACUUGUAAACCAUACUAAUGAUAACUUCCUCUUUUUGGGAUUUGUUUGGUUGCUGAGAAACUGAAAGAAAAAUGAAGUCGUUUUCUCUCAAUCGAACAGUAAACCGGUUUGUUUGAUUUGUCAGCUGGGUUAUUGAAGAAUAUUUUUCUGGUAAAAUGCCGUGUAAUGAGAUACAAUCAUGGACGUUUAGUGGGCUAGUGGGUGCAUUUCUUGAUCUCUCCAUUGCCUAUCUUCUGCUCUGUGCAUCAACCCUUGCUUACUUUGCCUCGAAAUUUCUGGGUGUAUUUGGAUUGUCUCUGCCAUGCCCUUGCAAUGGACUUUUUGGUGACCCUAAUAGUGAUAACUGCUGGCAAACAGCGCUUUUAGACUGUCCAUCAGAGAAGAUAUCCUCUGUUCAAUUCUCUGUUAAGGGCAAGUUCCCUUUUGAUUCAAUAUGGGAUAAAAACCUGAAGCAGAAAAUUUGUGAAAAUAAAUUUUUUGGUUUAGAUGAUGAAGCUUCGUGUAGCUCAUUACAUGAGAUGAGUGAAGUGGGUAUUGGGUGUGGUGUAAUGUAUGCAAGGGAUGUGAAGAAAGAGAGAUCUGAUACCAAGGCGAAGGGGGUUUUGAAUCAGAAGGUGAGACAUGCUCUUAGGCGUCGUAGGAAAGGUGCUACCGACAAUGGGAGGUCGCCUUCUGUUUCAGCAUAUGAUACUUUUCAGUGGGAUGCACAAUCUCUUUGUCCGUCUCCUGCCAGCGUCAGUAAAAUGGUGAAUGAGGGUAAUGAAGACAGCAUGGUACUUGAUAGUUCUGGCGGCCUUGCUCUGAAUUAUGGCGGGGAAUCUACAAUGGGCAUGGGUUUUCUGGGGGGAAAGCCGCCUGAUUUUGAAUCAAAUGAAACUGUAAAUGAAAAUAAAUCAACAGAGGGGGUUGCAUCACCCGAAGAUGAUUUGAAAUUUAAUGCACAAGGGAAGCUUUUCUUUGAUUCUGAUGAAAACAAUGCAAUUAGUGUCUUGGAACAAGCACUAGAAGAAGAGCAUGCAGCUCGUGCUGCUUUGUAUCUUGAACUUGAGAAAGAGAGGAGUGCUGCUGCUACUGCUGCAGAUGAGGCCAUGGCAAUGAUUCUGCGUCUACAGGAGGAGAAGGCAUCAAUAGAAAUGGAAGCUAGGCAAUACCAGAGGAUGAUAGAAGAAAAAUCUGCUUAUGAUUUUGAAGAAAUGAACAUUCUUAAAGAGAUCCUACUAAGAAGGGAAAGGGAAAAGCAUUUCUUGGAGAAGGAAGUUGAAACUUACAGGCAAAUGAUUUUUGGAAGUGAGCAGCUGCAUUAUGAUGCACGAGACAUGGGAACCUCACAUGAAAAAAGGGGUUAUUCAUUGCAAUAUUCAGGUGAGAAUCCUUUGCAGAUGAUGCAGAGUAUUAGUGAAUCCAUUUGCGAGAAGGAAAAUCCAGACCAUACUCUAGCCUUCGGGAAAGAGUUACCAAUCUCAAAGUUGGAUGAAGUAUGUCCUCAGGAAAGAGAGACGCAAUUACAAUUUGACUUGUCAACUGCAGAAGGAUAUAAGUUGCAUGAGAAAACUGUUGCCUAUGUUGGGGAAGUACGGCAACAAAGUGAUAUCAUUAGUACAACUGGAGGAUUGGCAUCAAAGACGAUUCAGAUUUGCAACACAACUGAGAAUGUUCUAUAUAAUUGUGAUGAUUCAAAGAAGCAUGAUCAAGAUUCACAGAAUGCAAUGUUAAACAUGGAUGAUUAUGUUCAUGAUGUUCAUGUGAUUGAUGAUAAAUUUAAUACGUGUGGUGAAGUCAGAGGAAAUGGAAGUGAAAAACUGUUGGUGAAAACUGCUGUAGACAUCCCAGUAUCAUGUGAUGGUCCUGCCAUGAGCAGUUCACAAACUGAGCAGGACAUCAGCGGAAGUUGGUCAGACAUAACUAGUGGAUUGCCACCUGUGGGUUGCUCCUUAAGAAAACCCUUGGUUUCUGUUUUCCGGAGAAAUUCCAUGUCUGCAGUUGAUUAUGAAAGGUUAAAAAUUGACAAUGAAGUUGGAAGGCUAUGGGAAAGACUAAGAGUUGUGCAAGAGGGUAGAGGGAAGCUCAAUAAAUCUAUGGAGCACAGGGAAAAAGAAAAAAUUCGGUUGGAACUUUUGGAGAAUAUUGUGAGCCAGCUUCGAGAGGUUCGACGAUUAAAAGAACCUGGAAAGACAGUUCGCCAGGUUUCCUUGCCUCCUCCAUCCUGUAAGAUCAUGUCCAAGAAAAGGCGCUGGCGAAGUGUUUCUUUAGAAGUGCACAAAAGCACUUAAACAAUGUUCUUUAUCGUUAAGAUAGUGGGGAUCAAGAUCUUGUAAGAAGAAAUCACUUGUAGUUGCUUUGGAUAUUACAGGGCAGAGAUAUGACAAAUUUUCUUGACACCUAAUCUGCAGAGUAAACAGUAUCGCCAGACCUUGUUAGAAGCUGCCAGAAGGAUUACAUGAAAGAGAUGCCAGUAGUUGCAGAUCAGUUUUAUUGUUCUUAUACUGCAGUUUGUAUUCCUAUCUGCCUUGUAGCUGCCACUUGAGAAGUUACACAUAUUUUGCUAGCAGUUCAUGUAAGUACCACUUGAGAAGUAAAUUUAUGCUACAAAGAACAAACAGUUUUUUCUCCAUAAUUUUUGGGUUCAAUCUGUUGGGUUACAGUUGCAAUAAAGAUGAAUUGUUUCAA